CUGCCCUUAAUUUGGGUUGUGUUCCAGUAAGAGCAUCCCGAAGCCAACAACACGCGAGUCCAAGAAGUUACCUCGGCUCAAGAACUCAAGAACCUGGUUGUAUACCUCCUCAAAUUUUGAAUAACACUACCGUUGAGCGAAGCCCGCAGUUACUACCGGCCCACUCUGGAAAUCAAUUAACCCCCGUGAGACCUGUGGCCGUGAAUUCAUCCCAUUUAGUUAUAGAAUCUACCCAAAAUGUAAUGCAAAAAAAUCGAAACAACCCCACUAGUUCAUGCAAUUUUCCUUUGCCAUCUGUGGAAGUUCCUCCUUCUAGCAACAAUCGGUUUAUGCCAUGGGAAAGUAACAAAUCACAAAACUUGGGUUCGGUUUAUCCCUUGUACUACGGCCCCCAUUUUCAACCUGAAAUGGCCAUGCCCCAGAUGGGCUUUCAAGUCCCAAGAAACCCAAAUGCCAUAAUUGUUGGUACUCCGGUUUUUCAAUCAAUGACGGAGCCUGCUAAAAUGGGUUGCUUGCAAAACCUAUUUUCCUGUGAGAAAGAUGAAAGUGCAUCAAACAGAGUCAGUCAAGCUGAUUUCAGAAACAACCAUGAGAAGGCACCCGAAACAGGCUUUGAUUUAUCCUUGCGGUUGGGUUUGUUUAAAGAUCCGUGUAUGAACCCGGAAAAAGUUUUGGCUCAUGAAACUGAUAAUGUUGGUUUAAGCAGUUUGUCUCCUCAUCGCAACAAGGAGUUUUCAUUCUUUCCCGUGGAGACUACUACUGAUAAUCCCUUGGAGUGUCAUAAAAGUCGGUGGAAUUUUGAGGGUGAAGAUCAGAAUGCAGAAGCAGCAAUUAGGAAGCGCAAGGCACCGUUUAAUAACAACACGGAGGAUGAGCUAUUUUUCUCGCAACCGGAGCUUAGGUCCAACCAGUUUACUGGUCGAAUGAAAAGGCCAGGUUUGUAGACAAUCUUUUUGCAUUGUAUCAUCCAAUUUUUGAGAAAAAAAAUCUGAGUUGCCUCGGUAUAUAUCGUUGGAGAUUUCUUUGGAGCCUAUAUAUUCAUGUACAUUUUGAUUGUGAA